AUGGCUGCAGAUGGCGACCAAGAGACGGUGGUUGUGAUCGGAAACGGUAUGGUGGGACACAAAUUCAUCGAGGCCUUGAAGGAGAAAGACCCGGACAACAAGUUCAACGUCGUCACCUUCUGCGAGGAGAACAGAGCGGCGUACAACCGCAUGAGGCUUACGGAGUAUUUCACGAACAAAGACCCAGACAACCUGUCCAUGUCGGGAAACUACAACGACAACGGCGACGGGUUGACGGAGUGGUACCAGUCUACCCCCGGCGUGGAAUGCUACGUUGGGGAUAAGGCUCUCAAGAUCGACCGCGAGGCAAAGACGGUCAUCUCGGAGUCCGGCAGGGAGAUUAAGUACGACAAGGCCGUGCUGGCCACUGGGUCGUACCCCUUCGUGCCGCCCACCCCGGGCGUGGAUAAGAAGGGAGUCUUCGUUUACAGAACCAUCGACGACUUGGAGAACAUGAUCCAGUACCAGAAGGACCACGGCGUGAAGGCGGCCGCCGUCAUUGGGGGUGGUCUGCUGGGACUGGAGGCGGCGAAGGCCAUGUACGACCUCGGCAUGGAGACGCACAUCAUCGAGUACGCUCCCAUCCUCAUGUGCCGCCAGAUUGACGAUGCGGGGCACGCCAUCCUCGGAGGCAUGAUCGAGGACCUCGGGCUCAAGAUCCACUGCAACGCCCGCGUCACCGAGUUUCUCGGCGACGAGAAGGUGGCCGGCCUAACCUUCUCCAACGAGGGGUGGGAAGACCUGGACGUUGGCAUGGUGGUUGUCUCCGCUGGCAUCCGCCCCCGCGACGAGAUAGCGCGCGCUUCGGGCAUCGAGGUGCACGAGAGGGGAGGCGUCAUCGUGGACGACUUGCUCAAGACCAACGACGAGGACAUCUACGCCAUUGGAGAAGUCGCCCUUCACGGCGGCAAGAUCUACGGUCUGGUGGCCCCCGGCUACGAGAUGGCCGAGGCCGUCGCCAACACCGUGGUCGGAGAGGAGCAGCCCUUCACCGGAGCCGACAUGUCCACCAAGCUCAAGCUCAUGGGGGUGGACGUGGCUUCCUUCGGGCGCUACUCCGGCUUCAAGGAGGAGGACGACCAGAUCUCCAUGACCUGGAACGACCCCUUCAACAACGCCUACAAGAAGCUCUUCUUCAACACCGCCGGCACCAAACUCCUCGGCGGCAUCCUCGUGGGCGAUGCUUCCGACUACACCACUUUAUUGGGCCUGCAAAAGUCCGACCGUGACCUUCCGAUCGCCCCCGGUGUACUCAUGGCUCCCGCUGCGGAGGAAGGCGGCGGGGCUGCUCUCGGCGUUGAGGACAUGCCUGAUGACAUGCAGGUGUGCUCGUGCAACAACGUGGACAAGGGUGCGAUCUUCCGCGCCGUGACGGAGGACGGUCUCACCUCGGUCGGGGAGGUCAAGUCCUGCACCAAGGCCGGCACCGGGUGUGGUGGGUGCGAGCCGAUGGUGAAGGACAUCUUCGCGUUCGCCAUGAAGAGCUCCGGAAAGGAGGUCUCCACCGACGUGUGCGAGCACUUCCACUACACCCGCCAGGAACUCUACGACAUCGUCCGGGCUACCGGAGUCAAGUCCUUCGACGAGCUGCUCGACAGCCACGGCCACGGUGACGGGUGCGAAGUGUGCAAGCCCCUCGUGUCCAGCAUCCUCGCGUCGGUAAACAACGACAUGAUCUUCAACAACGACGGGAUGACCCUUCAGGACACCAACGACCGCGCCCUCGCCAACAUGCAGAGGGGCGGUUCUUACUCGGUGAUUCCGCGUGUCCCCGGCGGGGAACUCACUCCCGAGCAGCUCAUCUGCAUGGGACAGGUGGCCAAGAAGUACAACCUCUACACGAAGGUCACCGGCGGGCAGCGGAUCGACAUGUUCGGCGCUGAGAAGCACCAGCUGCCGUCGAUCUGGGCCGAGCUUGGCGAGGCUGGGCUGGAGUCUGGCCACGCUUACGGCAAGGCCCUGAGAACGGUUAAGAGCUGCGUGGGGUCCACCUGGUGCCGAUACGGCGUACAAGACGCUGUAAGCUUCGCCGUGCGGCUCGAGAACCGUUACAAGGGUCUCCGGUCUCCUCACAAGCUCAAGUCGGGAGUGUCCGGGUGCGUGCGCGAGUGCGCCGAGGCCCAGGGCAAGGACUUCGGCCUCGUAGCCACUGAGAACGGCUACAACCUCUACGUCUGCGGCAACGGGGGUGCCGUGGCCAGGCACGCCGACUUGCUGGCGACGGACAUCAGCGAGGAGCUUUGCAUCAAGUACAUCGACCGCUUCCUCAUGUUCUACAUCGCCACCGCCGACCGUCUCCAGCGUACGUCCGCGUGGAUGGAGAAGCUCGAAGGAGGCAUUGAGUACCUGAAGGAGGUCGUGAUCAACGACAAGCUGGGCAUCGCCGAGAAGCUUGACGCACAGAUGCAGCACGUCGUGGACACCUACCAGGACGAGUGGGCUACCGUUGUCAACGACGAGGAGCGGCGCAAGGCCUUCCGGCAGUUCGUCAACUCCGACCACACCGAGCGGGGGAUACCGUUCAUCGCGAUGAGAGGACAGUCGCGACCCAUGGACUGGCCCAAGGACGAGUUCAUCCCCGACUUGCACGAGGAGGGGAGCAAGCCUGACCAAGUCCUGACGGGGGCAUCCUCCUGGGUGCGAGUGGGGUCCGUGUCUGAUUUCCCCACCAACGGCGGGGCCGCUGUGCUCUACGGAAAGAGCCAGCUCGCUGUGUACAACGUGGCGCGGAGAAAUGAAUGGUACGCUACCCAGAACGUGUGCCCCCACAAAAGGGCGUUAGUCCUGUCGGAGGGCAUCGUGGGGAGCAGGGAAGGCAUUCUCAAGGUCGCCUGCCCGCUCCACAAGAACAACUUCGACCUUAAGAGUGGAGAGUGCCUGGACCACAUGGAAGACGACAACAUGAGGCUCCUGACCUUCCCCGUCAAGGUGGAGGACGGCGGAGUCUUCCUCGACCUGCCACCCACCGCUGAGCUCGACCAGCUCCUGGCCACGGAGAAGGUGAUGCUCAGCGCGGACUGCUUCCAGGGCUCCGAGAACAACUUCGUGCCCGUCCAGACGAACGCCUUGCCGACCGCGCCGCAAGACACGGCGGAGGUUUCGGCUUGAAUAAACCUACCUGCCUGUCUGUCUGCAGGGAACCAAUCUGUCGUUCAACCGCCCUCGGCCGAAAAAGGUUCUAGGAAAAAUCGGCAAAGCUGUUUUCGCGAAGCGCCCGUUGCGAUACUAGAGCAAAACGCUUGAGAGAGAUGUCAAAAGAGGUCUCCGCCGUUUUUUUUUUUGCUAUUCGUGUUAAUAGCACACUUGACCGAGAAAAGUUUGCGCCACCCCGCACUUCAGUAGUACUGGUGUAUAUGUGUAGCUCCUUGCUUACGCUCUGGAUUUUGAGGUACAUCAACGGGCGAAAUGAUUCCGAAAUGAUUCUUUCAUGUGUUGGGCUCUCCCUUUCUGGGAGUUGGAUGUUCUUACCGCACGUCCUGUCGGAGAAUGCUCAUCCGCGUGAGUAUGAGCGCGCGACCGACAUAUCAAAACAUCACAAUAUCAAAGCGGGGAGGAAUGCUGUGCUGUUGUAAUGCUUUCUAUUUUUCGCUGUAUUUUUCCCGUCCUCAUGGGCUCCGCAUCCGAGUGUCAGAUUAUAGUCUAUGCAUGGCAAACCGAUGAGCUUGCUUAUAACUACUUUCACGGCUGGCUGUACUUGUAGGGGGGUGAAUACGCAACUUACCGUGCGGUUUGGCGGGCGACUUCAUGGUUGUGAACGAUGUCCCUCGGUUUGGAGUUUUGGUGUGUUCGUCAGGGAUAAAAGUUCGUGGUGUAGACUAUCCAACCGUGUGGCGUGUCGAACGUCGGGUCUUUACUCACUCUACAUCGACCUCGACUCGAGGAACGAUAAGCGUCGAGUUCCAUCCGGAUUUGUUUUGGGAUGUCCAUAUUUUUUGUCGGACCUGGUCCCGAAGGGGAUCUCUACACCUAUUUGUCCGCUAUAGCCAUCUUCCCGAUUUCCUUGUUUUCCAUAUUUGAUGUAUAGUCUACAUAGCUGGUC